UGCAGUCCGUUUCCCCCUCGGCGAGGCGGAACAUGUCGGUGCACGUUUUCUCCGCGCACUCUCUGCACGAGUACACGAACAAGCUCGCGCGCGAUUCUACUAUUGUUAAUAUGCGAAUCCGCCUCCUGCUGCUCGCUCAGUUCGGUUAUGACCAUCGGGAGAGCCGCUGACCACGGGCCGGUCGUGUGCCGCGAUGUCGAGAAAAUUAAUUCGCGGCAUCAUCAACGCGAUCGCGUGUCUGACGCCGUCGCCGAGGAAGCGGAAAAGGGAGAAGGGCGACAACGGCGGAAACGAGAAAGUGAAUUUGCCGCGAAGCGACGCGUUGAUCGCGGAUGCUGCGGAUGAGCCUCGAUCUACGAAAGAGACCGAGAAUGAAGAGAUGAUCGCGAGUCUGUCAAUGAACGGCGGCGGCAACGGCGGGCCGGUGAGCCGCGUGGGCCGUGGAUUGGCCCUUCACAGGUCCAACUCCAGUCUGGAGCUUCCGCACAGUCCGGAUCCUGCCUCCAGGGUGCCAGAGACGCCUCUCAGGAGGGAGUAUGGUUCCCAUGGAAGCAUCGACGUAGUGGCGCAGUCCAUCACAAACGGCGAGAACUUCUUCGCUAUGCUGCAGGACUUUCGACCAGCGGAGCAGCGCGGCGCUGUCACCGGUGACUAUCUGCGCCGCGUCCAUCAGCAGGACGCGUCCGGUCAGCCGCUCGACGUGGACGAGGUCUGCGGCCCGACCGGCGCCGGUUCCAGUCCGAAGUUGCGGCUGAAGUUGAACAGAUUGUGGGGCGGCAAGCCACCGCGGGCGAUGGAGGAGACGUGCGCCAGCCCAGUGGUGUCGGCCGACGUGGAGGAGCGGCACCGGAGACGCGCCUUUGCCCAUUACGAUUGCCAAUCGUUGACAGCGAAUCUAGGCUACGCCGCGAAGCUCCGAGGGAUUCUUCUUGCGAGGAGGAGAAACACGGCCACUGGGGCGUCCGCUGCCAGCGCGCUGCGAGCAUCCACUCCCGACGAGACGCCCGAGGAGGACGCCGGCGACGGAAAAGGUAAUGACUUGCUAGAGUCAUGUCCCUUUUUCCGCAACGAAAUCGGCGGCGAGGGAGAACGCGAGGUCGGCCUCACUCGCUGCGCCCAGGGCAACGGAAUUCACAGACCGUCAUUGUCUUACGGUGUCUCAGUGUUGGAGCCACCGCCCGGCGAGACUUUGUGGAAAAAUACUUGUCCACUGCAGAAACGGCCCCUGCCCAUUGAAAGUGUCGACGAAGGGGCCCACUACUACCGGCGAUACUUCCUCGGACGAGAGCAUCAGAACUGGUUUGGCAUGGACGAACAGCUAGGUCCGGUGGCCAUCAGUAUCCGCAAGGACGUCAGUCAGUACCGCGUGAUUGUGCGUACAUCAGAGUUACUAACGUUACGCGGCUCUGUGCCGGAGGAGGCUCUCGGCAUCAGGCCACAAGGUCGGCCGCCCACCAGGGAACUUCUGGAACUUGUUGCGCCUGAAGUGCAAUUGGGAUGUCUGAGGCUCGGCACACCCGCCGCCGAGGAAGCACUGGCGAGGCUGGACGAACAGGGAUUAUCCAACAGGUACAAAGUUGGCGUGCUGUAUUGCCGAUCUGGUCAGAGGACAGAGGAGGAGAUGUACAACAAUCAGCACGCCGGUCCAGCCCUCCUGGAAUUCCUGGACGCUAUUGGCCAAAGAAUAAGACUGCGAGGAUUCGAGGGUUACAAGGCCGGACUGGACACCAGAACCGACUCGACGGGUACGCACGCGGUAGCGGCGACGCAUCGCGGCACGGAAGUCACCUUUCACGUGUCCACCAUGCUACCCUUCACGCCUAACAACCGGCAGCAGCUGCUGAGGAAGAGGCACAUCGGAAAUGACAUAGUCACGAUAGUUUUUCAGGAACCUGGUGCGUUACCAUUCAGUCCGCGAAGAAUACGCUCCCAGUUUCAACACGUGUUCAUCAUCGUGCGAGCCAUAAAUCCUUGUACCGAAAACACACAAUACAGCAUAGCAGUGUCCAGGAGCAAAGAAGUACCCAUCUUUGGGCCGCCCAUUCCGCAGGGUGCUGCGUUCACAAAGGGAAAGGCUUUCGCAGACUUUAUUCUGGCCAAGGUCAUAAACGCCGAAAAUGCGGCUCACAGAUCCGAAAAGUUCGCUACAAUGGCCACGAGGACGAGACAAGAAUAUCUGAAAGACCUAGCUACGAAUUAUGCUAGCACCACAGUUGUCGACACGGGCCAAAAGUUCUCGAUGCUCUCCUUCAGUAGCAAAAAGAAGACAGCAGUGCGACCGAGACUUUCCUGCGAUGCAUCACAGCGCGGCGCGAUUUGCUGGCAAGUCAUACUCGAAGACAGCAAUCAAAAUACCGAUUGUUAUUUAGGCAUAAGCAUAGACACCAUCGUGUUGAUCGAAGAACAUUCCAGGCAGAUAGUAUUUGUCACUCCGUGCGUGAGCGUGCUUGGAUGGCACGCCCAAACAAACAGUUUAAGAUUGUAUCAUCAUCAAGGCGAAUGCAUUACCAUACACGUACGCGGUGAUUACGGCGAGCGGGACGAAUUAAUGGAAAUUGUGGCUCGACUACGUGCCGUAACUCAGGGUGCACCGGCCUCCGAGUUGUCGCUGAAAAGGAACAGUCUCGGACAAUUGGGCUUCCACGUUCAGCCCGAUGGCGUCGUGACGCAGGUCGAGAGUAUGGGGCUGUCGUGGCAAGCCGGCUUGAGACAGGCCUCCAGGCUGGUCGAAAUUUGCAAGGUGGCCGUAUCGACUUUGAGUCACGACCAGAUGGUCGAUCUCUUGAAGACUAGUGCUCAAGUCACCGUCACCGUAAUACCGCCGACUAAUGAUGGAAAUCCGCGAAGAGGAUGCACACUGCAAAACUGUCAUUACCUGUCGAAUAAUUACGAAGGGGAUUACGAAAAUUUAACCAGCGCGGAUAACACGCCGAGUCAGCAAACGGCGAUGUCGCAUCAACGACGAUACGACCGAUCAUUCAGCCCGCCGCGAUCGAGCAACAGCUCCGGGUACGGUACUGGAUCGAGCUCUAGAUCGUUCAACGAUCCACGGUUUCCGUUGGAGGGUACAAUGACUAGCAGCAGUAGCGGACACAGUAGUGCCGAUGAUCGUUGGUACGAGCUUCUUGAACCGCAGGAUCAAGACGGCGGUCAUCGGCCAGACGGCACGCCGCCUCCGUUACCAGUGCGACAGAACUACCAAGCCGUGACACCUAACAAGUCCGCCCAGAAGAAGGAUAAGACCCAUUAUGCUAGUGCCAAACAACUCGUGGAUAGCUCGAAGCAUCGCGAACACAGUCAUGAGCAUUACACAAAGGAGAACAAUUAUGUGUCGUCGAAAGUAAUUCAAGAGAACGCGCGACACGAGAAUUACCAGCGCCAGUUGGACAAUACACAACAUCGUGGUCAGGAUCACGUAACAACGAAUUAUGUGAAACUACAGAAGGAGCGAUACGAAAUCAAGCAGGAAAAUCUGUACGCAUCUCAGAGGGAGCUUCACAAGAACGAUGUACAGCAUCAUAGCCACCAGAAGCUCAGUGCGUCAAAUUCUCUGCCGUUGGGACACAAUGCCGUUUACAGUCUACCAAAGUCAGGCAGCAACAACAAUCUUGGCAGGUACAACGAGUACGAGCAAUCCGGCGGCAAGUACGACUACGAAACGCCCGCAAAACCGGACAGAAACUCGAAGUAUGAGGUACAGGAAGAGAAGGUGGUCGAACGGCCGGCCAAGUACGAGCACGACGUACGAGCCCACGACAAGAGGCACGGUUACGAGUAUUCAGAGGAUAUUUACGAGAGGAGAAAUAGCAAAUAUGACAUGGAAUUAGCCAAGUACGAGAUGGAGUGUCAGCAUGGUGGUAAUGAGAGAAAACACAAUAACGACAACAACGGUGAGCACGGUCGAGAGUCCAUAAAGUACGAGAUGCCGCACGACUUUAAAGUAGGCGAAAAGGUCACCUGUCUGAAGACCAGCAUGUCAGAGCGACCAGUACCGCACAAAGUAAGUGUCGAAUAUCGACAGUCAAAGGACUUUCCGGUGAGUCUACCGCCAGAAAUGAGGAUAUCGGAUGUCAAUUGCCAGGAGAUGACCACGAUGCCCAGCGAAGACGAGUUGUCAAAUGGCUCGGGCAGCGUGUCACCGAGGUUGCGACGCGCCAACAAGCAUCGCGGCGGCAAUCGUACCCCGUCCAGCGGCAGCUCUAGGAACCAAAGUCCACGACCUAAGCCAGGUAUGAGGAACUCGCACCGAAAUUCCGCGAAUCUGACAUCCAGCACGCUGCAGGAGGACCUCAUGAGAUUGAUCAAUCCCGACUAUAUUGCCGACGAUAAUCAAAUCCUCAACAAUAAUCUUAUGAAUAGCGUGAUGAGCCCAAAUCAAAAUUCAAACAAGAUAAACAACAAUAUGUUGGAGAUUCAGAACAGGUGCAGGUCUAGGGAGAAUCUAUGCGGCAAUAGCACGUCCACUCUGAGCGUGUUGCCCACGAAUGGACAGGAAAACGGGAACAACGGAUCGGAAGUGAUCCUGACGAUGGCCAGACCGGCCACAGUGAUCUCGAACGCCAGUACUGCCUCGAGUCCGGCUCCAAGCGAGAAUAAGUUGUCGAAAGAAGAAAGAUUAUCGCCGCGCGUCACGAAACCACUUCACCCGAUCAUAAAAUCGCACAAUAAUCUAACACCGAUCAAAGACGUGAAGACUCACAACGACGUGAACGUAGACUGUUGGAAGAAUCAGCAUGCGGAUUCCAACAGAUCGACAAAGCAGCAUCCUCAAGAAUGGUCUGACGACAGGAUCAUCGACGGAUGCAACGCAAACACGAAUCCCGUUUCGGACUUGCAGUCUCAUCUAUCUUCUCUCGAGUUGAGAAUGGCGAGGGAGACGCGUAUACGAAUCUCGUUGGAGGACGAAGUGCGCCGAUUGCGUGACGAAAAUCGACGUUUACAGGAGUCCGAGAGUCUCCGGCUUUCCUUGGAGGAUGAAAACCGGCGUCUGAAGGAUGAGAAUCACGCGGCCGCGCAACAACUUCGGCGCUUCACGGAGUGGUUCUUUCAAACGAUGGACCAUCAAUAAUCAAUAAUAUAAUAACAAAUUUAAAGAAUGUUCCGUUGCCCAGUGAUUGUUUUAUACGAUCGCGAAUGCGAUAGUCAAUAAGCUAUCUGAUUAGUUUUUCACUAUCCUAGAAGUUACUUAUUUUACAAAGAUGAAAACAUAUCAUCAAUGGUCUUCAAACUAAAUUUGUUAUUUUUAUUUUUGAUUAAUAGCAUUUACUUCAAUCGCGUUUUCUUUGCUCCUCUGUUGCUCGAAUCUGAGCACAAUCUUUUGUAAGUACAGUAUUAAUGCGACCUUUUCGCCUAUACGUAUAAAUGUAGAAUAGAUCGAUCGGAGGCAAUUACAGAUGAUUGUGAGUAUGCAUAAACACGUGUGUGAAAAUAAUAUAUUAUCCACAAUUCUCUUCGUUACUUUUGUAUUAUAUAGAAUAUUAUAUUGUAAAGUUUAAGUUACCAUCGUAUUGUUUCCUCUACUUGAGGAUUCAUGCGUUGACAACAAAAAAUUAUCUAUCUAGAUCACCCGACGAGAUAAUUAAUACGCGACUGUCCAUUUGUACAGGGGGCAACUUGCGUUAAACAAUAUUAAUGUUUUGAUUUAACAAAAAAGCGACCAAAUGACCAAAUAUUACUAGCGAGUUAAGGACCGCUUUAACUCUGUAAUUUAUUAUGCCUUUUAUAUUAAUCUUCUAUACAGAGUGUUAUAAUGAAAACGUCGUAUGUGACAAAGUGAACACCGGCACAAGAACGACGCGUUAAGAAUUUCUCUUUUGUAAUAAGUGAUAAAGAGCAUAAUUUUGACGUAAUGUAUGAAAGUGACGUUACCCUGAAAAUUGUAAGUCAAUCAAUAAAGAGAAAUGUGUACUUUAAUAUCCUCAUUCUAUUGAAACUAAGUGUGCGUAGAAUAUAUCCUUUCUGUAACAUAAUACAAGUGUUCUAAAAGCAUUUUACAAAUACAUAAUCAACGUUAUAUAUAUGUAUAAGGAUAAUGGAUAGAAUUGAAGGGGGGGGGGGGUCGAUUGAACUGUUACCACCGGUUAGAAUAAAAUAGUUUAUUGUAAUCCACAGAAAAAAA